AUGCCGUCUUCUCAAGGUACUAUUCUGAUCACUGGGGCCAAUGGAGGGCUUGGGUCAGCCAUUGUGACCAAUAUUCUGGGCAAAAUACAACUGGCCAGCAACUACACCGGUGUCUAUACUGUCAGACGUGCGGCAACGGCAACUCGACUUCAACAGGUUUUGAAAUCAGCUCCAGGGUGUCAUAGGCACGAUGUCGUUGACUUGGACCUCAGCUCAUUGGCGAGUGUCAGAACAAUGGCAGCCGGGAUCAACCGUAGGGUUGCUGCUGGAGACUUGCCUCCCAUCAGAGCACUCAUCCUCAACGCUGGAUAUCAAGACCAUGAAGAGAUUAAAAUAUCAGAUGAUGGAUACGAGAUGACUUGGCAAGUUAAUUUCCUGGCCAAUCAACUACUGACUCUUCUCCUACUUCAGAGCAUGGAUAAAGAAAAUGGUAGGAUCCUUCUGAUAGGAAGCUGGUCCCACGAUAUCAACGAUGAGCGAAACAACACAAAUAUCAAGUGUUACACGGGGCACGACAGUCUAUUCCCUGGCCCAGAAGAGCUCGCCAAGGGAACAUGGAGCAGACCAGAUUCUGGCGGAGGAUGGCUUACGGGAUAUCGACGAUAUGGGGCAAGCAAGCUAUGUGCGGUGAUGCUCAUGCACGAACUCGCUGGUCGUCUCGUUCAGGAUCCACAGCUAUCCAAUAUCGCUGUGGUUGGUCUUGAUCCCGGUGCCAUGGGCUCAGAUCUACAUCGACGGGGCAGUUUUGUCAUGUCUCACUUCCUCAAGAUAUUAGCCCCAGUCAUAUCUCUUCAGGCCAGGUUCAAGCCCAACGGGGAUUUCCGCCCACUGUGGAAGAGUGCUGAAGAUGCAAUUCGGCUCGCCUUUGAAAUUGAGACCCCACCGGGCGUGCUGCUGUAUCUGAAUGGUACAGAUGAACUUGAGACUGGGAGGGAAGCAAAAGAUGACGCCAAGAGGAAAGCCUUGUGGAGCUAUGGUCUGAAGGCGGCAGGGAUUCAACGGGAUGACACAGCUCUGAAUGGAUGGCAGUGA